CCCCGUGUCGAUUCUCUUAAGGAUCCUUAGGUCAUCUGCAUUGCUUAGUGGAUGCGUAGACGAGUAUAGAAAUCAUUCUGUGAAGCAUGCAGGAUAAAUUGUUCACAUAUUUGUUUGUAAAUAGAUUGAAAAUCGUUACAGGAAACACUAUGAAGAGACUUGUACAGCGCAUGUAUCGUCUGCGCAUGCGCGAUCCGCCCCCUGCAAACACCAUGGCGCAGCAAGAGCCGAAUGGAGAUUUUCCAUACUUACCUUCAGGGGCGGCCGAGGUGAACCGAAUGAUAAAGGAGCACAGUGACUUGUUCUCUGACUCACAAUGUAAAGUGUGUAGCGCUGUCUUAAUCUCAGAAUCCCAGAAACUUGCACAUUACCAGAGCAAAAAACAUGCGAGCAAAGUACGCCGGUACAUGAGCAUUCAUGGUAAUGAGGAGCCCGUUGCAAAACGGUUCAAGCCUUCAGGUGAUAUAAGUAAUGUUGAGGAAGGGGAAAAAUACAAAGCCUGCGAUGUGUGCAACAUGACAUUCUCUUCCCCGGUAGUGGCACAGUCACAUUACCAGGGCAAAGUUCACUCCAAGAACCUUCGCUUGAAGACCUUCGGUCAGCAGACUCCUGCAUUACCUCAGCCCAAAGUACAGGUGAAGAAGGAUGAAGUACUACCUGAAAGUGCACAGGGGCCAGCAAAACAGGACCCCAACCGCUUCUGCUCCAUCUGUCAAGCUUCCUUCAACAAUCCCCUCAUGGCUCAGCAGCACUACAGUGGCAAGAAACAUAAAAAACACCUGACUAAACAGAAGCUGAUGGAGACAUAUGGGCCGUCCUCUGCACCAGCCUCCACACUGAAGGGCUACCCAUGUACUGUGUGCAACAUUGAGCUGAACUCUGUGGAGCAGUACCAGGCCCACAUCAGCGGGUCCAAACACAAGAACCAUGGCAAACUCAAGAAGGGGCCAAAUGCAUUGGCUGACCCCCCUGAGAACUACCAGCCCGAUUUCCAGUUACCACCCAACCAGGAAGGACCAGAGGACACAUGGGACUUGGACAACUUCAACGAGGGCUAUGAGUGAGAAGAUGCAGUCAACCGUCACUGUCCUCUGCUCAUAUGUGACAAGCUUCCUCUGUUUAGGCACAGGUCAAUGUGUGUCUGCACUGUGCAUCUCCUAAUGCCAGCUUUUCACCACACUACAUCUCUUCCUGUCUAUUCUUGUCACUCUCACAAAUGGUUGAGGGACCACAAUAAACUUCCACAGCAACCCCCCCAUAAAUGAAGGCAAGGAGACAAAACUUAAGAGUGCAGCUUUUUCCAGUGUUAGGAUUGUUAAUUAGUGUUAUGUUACUUGUUUGUUUGGUUUACAAAAAAAAAAUAUUUUCACAAUUUUCACAUACAAAUGCAGGUCCUGAAGGUUGUUUAAGGAGAUGUUUUGUUUAUUAUAUGUUUGAUAUCUUGUUGCUUAUUAUUUUAACUGCUCAAGCUCCUUAUUUUGUUAAAUGAAUGUCUGAUUUCAGAGCUGUUGAAUUUGAUGGUGUGCAAUGUUUGAACAGUUUCUUUUUUUGGGAGCUCAGAGUUCUUUAUCUUUUAAUUUCUAAUUUUCUAUGUCAAUUUAGAGAAAAAAAGAAAGAGAAAUCUAUGAAUUUUAAGCAAUUUUAUUGAUUUACUCUGUUCUAGGCUGGACAGUAGCUGUCUUUCAUUUCUCAUGGCUCCUUUCCAUUUCCAUGUAAACAUAAAUCUUAAAGUAGGAAUUAUUUUGUAAUUAUAUACGCUUACUAGAGAUUUCAGUUAAAUUGGUGCUUCACUUCUAACAUACAAAACGAACUUGUCCUAGUGUUUAAAGAUGUCCAAUCAUAGGAAAUUAGUGCCCAGGUCAUAAAGGUGAUUUAUUUAUUUAGUUUAUAUUUAGGUACAAACACAUAAGUUCAUCUUAACAUAGACUAUAACAUAGAGAUUUUGCAUUAUAUUCUUGUUUAAUUGUUUUACAAAGUCAAACACGUACUACAAGCUGAUUAGUUAUAACUGUACUUUUAAUUCUGUUCAGGAUUUAGGUGAAACCUCUCUAAUUAUAAAGCGGAAAUGCAAAGUAUGAAGCGAAAACGCAACAAGUUUUCAAUGACUGUUGAGCAAAUGUGUAAUGUAUGGCUUGCAUUGUUUAUUUUUGCAGUGUACAUUGCAGAUUGUUCUUGGUACAAGAAACUGAUGCUAAUGCUAAGAUUUAAAGUCAGCGAUAGUUCAAUUAUUGUUUAGAACCACCAUAAUUAAGCUUCUGAUUUCAAAUUUAGAUUUAGUUUAAGGGUCUGUUUAUUAGGGGCAAUUAUUUAAGUCAUUGUGAAAGUCCAAAGCGCAACCAUUAAUAUUUGUGUGUUCUCAAACUCAAACUUUCACUCUCCCAAGUUUAUGUUAGACAUAUGUUGGGUAUUAAUACAGACUCAUCAAGAACUGUAAGUGAACCCAAUAGCAGUCAGCAGAAGAACUACUGUAAGUACAGUGUUGCUUAGUUUGGGAGCCUGAUAUGUUACAUUGACAAAUGUUCUUGCAAUGUUAAAGGCUUUUGAGCAGCACAACAGCAAUUAUGUGCUGGAUUAAGGCCUUCUAACUUGGUAGCAAAUAUGUCUUUGUUGUUUUGAUUAUUUCGUCAAAUUUAUUUUCAACAGAAAGUGUGAGCCUAAAGAGAUGUACUUUACUUUUCAUCCAGUAAAAUGUUUUGAGAAAAAAAAAC